AUGAGUUCUCAUUCUAUUGUGAUUGAUACGACACAUCCUGAUGACAAUCAGUUGACAGAGAAACUAAACAGAGUCGACUUCAAUGCUCCAGCCAAAAUCUUUCAAAACAAGCAUGCUAUACACCAGUUUGAAAAUGUAACCCCAGAUGUUUCAAUGCCUGGUACACCUCUUUUGACACCUCACCGCCAACACCCCAAGUAUGAAUCGGAUAGUUCGUCUGGUUAUCCUUCUCCCUCUCUGCCUCCCACUGCUGUCCAUACCCCUCCUUCCUUAUCCCCUCAACACAGUGGCGAUGAAAGCAGCAGUAAAUCUAAAUCCACACCUAAACAGCGCUCCUUUGACGAAUCAUACAGUGCUUCCACAACGUCACUCAAUACAAAGGGAAUUCCUUAUUCCGCCAGCACUAAUUCAUUGCCUGUUCGUCCUACCACACCAUCACAGUUUGUGUUCAAGAAACCCCAAUACAACAAAGAAUACCAUCAUACACACUUCCAUCGCCUUGAAAAGAAAGAUACCAUCUUUAAAGAUCUAAAAAAAUUGUUUAAAUCAGAAAAGAAAAAAGAGAGAUACAAGACACAUCAUAAAACAAGUAGUGAAGUCUCGUUCGCAAAUGAAUUUAAUCGAGACUUGGAAGGCAAAUACGGAAAAUGGGGCCGCUUUGUUGGCAAAGGCGCAGGUGGUUCAGUUCGUCUAAUUCGCCGUAACACAGACGGGAAAACAUUUGCAGUGAAACAGUUUAGAAAGAGAGCACCUAACGAACCAGAAAAGGAAUACGUCAAGAAGGUCACUGCUGAAUUCUGUAUUGGCUCUACUCUUCACCAUGUAAAUGUGAUUGAGACAUUGGAUAUCAUUCAAGAAGGCCAAUACUUUUUUGAAAUCAUGGAAUUUGCUCCCAAUGAUCUAUUCAAUAUUGUCAUGAGUGGAAAAAUGUCUCGAGAAGAAAUCAAUUGUUGCUGGCGACAAUUGUUGAAUGGUGUUCAUUAUCUUCAACAAAUGGGCUUGGCUCACCGUGAUUUGAAACUCGAUAAUAUGGUAUUAGACGAACGAGGUAUUGUCAAGAUCAUUGAUUUUGGUUGUGCUGUUGUCAACAAAUACCCUCACGAGACCCGAGUUCACCGCAGCAAGGGUAUUUGUGGUUCUGACCCUUAUAUUGCUCCUGAACAAUUUACUGACCCUGAUUAUGAUGCUCGUCUUACUGAUCUCUGGUCUUGCGCUAUUGUGUUUAUCUGUAUGUCUAUUCGUCGUUUCCCAUGGCGUAUUCCUCGACCUGAAAAAGACCAGUCUUAUAAGAAUUUUAUUACACCUUCUACGAUGGGUGCUGAAAAAUUAUUUAAAAUGUUACCACGUGAAUCUCGGCUGAUCAUGAAGCGUAUCUUAACGCCUAAUCCAGCAGAACGUUGUACAUUGGAAGAUGUCCUUGAGGACGAAUGGGUCAAGAGCAUCCCUAUGUGUACACCUACUCGACCAGAAACAGCUCAUGCACAUCAUUUAACAGUCGAGCCUCGUCCUGAAGUCAAGCAGACUUGUAAUAUUGUUGUGCUUGAUUUACCACCAACUGCCUCUGAAGAAUCAGAUGCUUCUGUAACUGAAGCUAAAAAGAAAUCCAAAGCCACUAGAAAAUAA